CUUUCUGCUCUGUGCUUGUCUUGAAUUGGACUCGUGUACGAUAUUGCUUUUUUUAACAUUUUCAGGGAAAUAAAAUUCAAUUCAUGAAGAAAACUCUAACUCUAUUGAAACACAUUUUUGAAGGAAUUAUUAAUUGCUUAAGAUAAAUAGGCUGUCAUCAUGAGUAGAUUCUUUGCCACCGGUACCGAUUCCGAGUCGGAGAGCUGCACUGAUGAGGAACCAAUCGUCCGCACUCAAGCACCAGUGUACACGUUCAGUGACGAUGAAGAAGAAACGAAGCGCGUUGUGCGCUCCAUGAAAGAAAAGCGGUACGAGGAAUUAGAAGGGAUUAUACACUCAUUACGUAAUCAUCGCAAAAUCAAAGAUUUUACAUCAGCAUUAGGCUCUUUUGAAGAAUUACAAUAUACAUAUACUCGAGCUAUAAUUGCGCCUCGGUUCUUUAUUUACGAUUGGGUCGUGGGAGCAUGGGGUGACCGUGAUGGUAGGAAGGCUUUGUCAAAAGGCAAUAGUAAAGCUCUUACGUCACUGAGACAAAAGUUAAGGAAAUAUGCCAAGGAAUUUGAUGCCGAAAUUACUAAGUUCCGUGAAGAUCCUGAUCUACCCGAUGACGAUGACGAACGUAAAGAUUCCUCAUCUUCUGACGAGUCGGAUGAUGAUGAUGACAAGGUUAAGGAGAAAGUUAGGCCUCGUCGAUCGCCGGAAGUACAGCGACGUGCUCCACCACAAGAUGACGAAUCUUCUGAUUCCAUGGAUUGGGGUUCAAGUUCUUCAGAAUCCAGCUCUAGUUCUGACAAUGAAGAUCGUGGCGCUGCUACUAUACGUGAACGUUUCCUCAAAAGAAAUACAGAAAGAGAUGAAGACGAAGAGCGUGAUAGGCGAAGAGCGAAACGUCGUGAAGAGAGACAAGGUAGAGCUGGGAAAAUUAGUAAGAAAGACCAAGCUGAUGAUGGUGGUGAAUGGGAAACUGUUAGAAAGGGCGCCGCGACAUCUGACAAACCCAAGAUGUUUGCUAAAGAUAGUGAUAUUGAUGCAGCCCUCGUUGUGAAGAAAUUAGGCGAAAUUAGUGCAGCUCGUGGUCGCAAACGUACUGAUCGUCGUGCCCAACUAGAAUUGCUCCAUGAACUCCGGACUGUGGCUCAACAACACAAUCUUGGUGAUGCUCUUCAAUUGAAACUCCGUGCUGCCACAGUAGCUGCGCUAUUUGACUACAACCCUAAGGUUUCCGAUGCCAUGAAACCAGAAUACUGGUCUAAGCUUGUGGAAAAUGUUGAUCAGAUGGUCACUUUACUUUUGAGUCAUGAAGAUAUGCAGCUAAGUGAAACUAUCACUGAAGAAAAUGAACAGCUUGUCACCGCUCCGUAUCUUGUGAGAGGUUGUCUAUUAACGGCUUUGGAGCGUCUUGAUGAUGAAUUCACCAAGUUGUUAAAGGAAUGUGAUCCUCACUCUAAUGAAUAUGUAGAAAGACUUAAAGAUGAAGUACGCGUAUCUACUCUUAUUGAUCGAGUUUGUCAAGUGGUUGAACGAGAUGGAACAAACCAGGAAAUUUGCCGCGCCUACUUACGUAAAAUCGAUCAUCUGUACUACAAGUUUGAUCAACGGUCUGUGAAGAAGGAUUUACCCCCAGGAGAAGAAACAACCAUUAAGAAAAUGGAACGUCUUUGCAAAUAUGUCUAUGCUCAUGAUGAAACUGAUAGAUUGAGGACUCGCGCUAUACUGUCCCAUAUUUACCAUCAUGCUCUGCAUGAUAAUUGGUUCCAAGCUCGCGACCUUUUGCUAAUGUCCCACCUUCAAGAAACUGUACAACAUUCUGAUCCAAGUACUCAAAUAUUGUAUAAUCGUACCAUGGCCAACUUAGGUCUUUGCGCAUUUCGCAGAGGCAAUGUAAAGGAAGCUCAUGGAUGUCUUGCCGAGUUAAUGAUGACGGGAAAGCCUAAAGAAUUACUUGCGCAAGGAUUGCUACCGCAGCGUCAGCAUGAACGCUCUAAAGAGCAGGAAAAAAUUGAGAAACAACGUCAAAUGCCGUUCCACAUGCAUAUCAAUCUGGAGUUACUUGAAUGUGUGUACUUGGUGUCUGCGAUGCUAAUUGAAAUACCGUAUAUGGCGGCUCAUGAGUUUGAUGCUCGACGCCGUAUGAUCAGUAAGACAUUCUACCAAAAUUUACGUGCUAGUGAGAGACAAGCACUGGUAGGCCCGCCGGAGUCUAUGCGCGAACAUGCUGUUGCAGCUGCUAGGGCAAUGCGUCGUGGUGACUGGCGAGCAUGCCUGAACUUCAUUGUUAAUGAGAAAAUGAAUGCCAAGGUAUGGGACCUUAUGGUUGGUGCGGAUAACGUCCGCGCAAUGCUGGGUCGAUUGAUUCGUGAGGAGUCGUUACGUACUUAUCUGUUUACAUACGCCCAUGUGUAUGCUUCUCUAUCCCUCCGAUCAUUGGCCGAUAUGUUCGAGCUGCCGCGUCAACGUGUUCACUCCCUCGUAUCAAAAAUGAUCAUCAAUGAGGAACUUUUGGCCUCGCUGGAUGACCCAAGUGAAUGCGCGAUACUGCAUCGUUCUGAACCGACGCGAAUGCAAGCAUUGGCACUUCAACUCGCUGAUAAGGUUGGCAAUUUAGUGGAUUCUAAUGAGCGGAUAUUCGAGAAGCAGGGAUCAUUCUUCCAGCGUGGAGGCGCUGGUCGAGGCGAGGGUCGACAGCGGGAGCGUCCAAGGGAGGGCUGGAACCGACGAACUCGCAAUCGCCGUCGCGACGACGAACGUGGACAUGACGAUUAAAAAUCCAAGUCCCGAUUAAAUUGUACCACACUGGAGUUUAUAUUCCUUAUAAAUAAGAAUGAAAUUAUUCUUAGCUUAGGGUGCAAUGAAAAUCAUAAUUAAUUCUCCUUUAUAUAUUCAGAAACAAUAGUUCUUUAUCCAACAGCAACUUAUAGUGACAACAGUUUAAUAUUUGUUUAAAUAAUUCCAUAUAUGUAAUGUACUUUAUAGAUAUGAGAUCUGGACUACAGUAACUAACCAAAUCUUACAUCUUGAAAUGUACUAAUUGCGGAUGUUUUCUACUCAACAGAUUGUUCAAAUAUUUGUUAUUUUUAAAUCGGUAUAAUAAAUAAAACUUUGUC